CGUUGUGUUUCAUUCCUGAUUUGCUUCGCUUGUUGAAACUUAAAUCGCGUACUAUUUGCGUUUCAUUCAAUAUUUCACAGAAUUUUUAUUGAUUUAUGGAAUAGUUGCUUGAAUAAUAAUUGACAAAAUGGACGGUUCUGACAACUCAAUUCAGUUUAUGAGUAGAUUCGAAAAAUCACUGGGACUUUUGACUACAAAAUUCGUCGGUCUUCUACAACAAGCUCCGGAAGGAGUUCUUGAUUUGAAAGUGGCUGCCGAUCUAUUAAUGGUAAAACAAAAACGACGAAUCUAUGAUAUUACAAACGUGCUUGAAGGAAUCGGUCUAAUAGAAAAGAAGACGAAGAAUAUAAUUCAGUGGAAAGGUGCAUGCAAAGAAAUCAAUUCAGAAGAAAACACAGAAAGACUCACAAGUUUGAGAAAUGAAAUUGAGGAAUUGGAAAAAUAUGAAAACAAUCUUGACUUACACACCAAGUGGAUAGAACAGAGUUUGAAGAAUGUAUUUGAAGACGAAAAUAAUGUGGCCAAAAGCUAUCUUACUCAGGAGGAUUUGUGCGGCUGUUUUGACAAAGACUUACUGACGAUUGCGAUUAAAGCAAAUGAAGGAACCAGGUUGGAAGUGCCUAUACGGGUUGAUCAGCGAGAGAGCGGCCGCAUGUACAAGAUGCAGGUGAAGUCACGUCAGCCAAUCGAAGUGACUAUGAUCAACAGAGAUGACGACAUGUGUAGUAGUGACGAGGAUGACGCAACACGCGACAUCGACCUCCGCCAGGCACCCACCUCCACCCUCCUGCCUGCCGACGACAUCAAUAUGGACGUUGAAAUGUCGGCUGUCAGAACUGAGUUUGCGCAGAAGGUUUGUCAAAUCACACAUUUUCUGUAAUGAUACACUAGAAUA